AUGUCUCCUGCUCCUCUUACCGAUAUGCAGCCGGAUCUGCAUCAGGACCAGCUCCAGGCCGUGGGCAAAGCCUUCGAUGCGUUACUACUAACUGUGUAUCGGCUUACCUCCAGAAACCAUGAGCUGACCGAGCAUAUGGACGAGGUCUAUCGCGAGUACGCAGAUGUCAUAGGUUCCCUGCCUCCUCCAGAUAGAUCUCGGGCCCUGCAUACCCGUACCAAGUUGCUCAAUCAGCAGAAAGAACUGCAGCAGGGCCUCGUACACAGCAAGCCCCGAGUUGAAGAACAGUCGCUGAAUUCCAUGGACGUAAUGAAGACGCUCGCGUCCCACCACAAUGUAGAUGAAUCCACUACAAUGGCCAUCGUGGACGGGGUCAAGGGCUUCAAAGCCCUACUCCGAUCCCAGAAUGGUCCUUUGCAAGUUUCCUCAGCCUCGUGCAUUCUCGCGCGAGGGCCGGAUCCCUCGGUGUCGCUGGAGCAAGACUUCACGACCAACGGAACCCAGGGCAGCCUGCACUGCCCCUUUUCGAAACCAAACCAGACAUCCGAGGGUCCAGCGGUCAACGGCAAUGGCGAUGCGCCGAAGAUCCAGAUUGAUGAUACCUGCGGCCACGAAAACUUGGACCCCAUCAAGGCCGAGCAGGACGAACGCCACUCCAGCCACACCCCGUCCGCCCGAUCCUCAAAUGGCCGAUGCCCUGUCUCCCGUUGUCCAAUCCGGUUUUUGGACAAGCAUUCACCAGAAGAAAUCGCCGAAUACGUCGAACGACACAAACAUGAAAUUCCCCGAAGCCAUGCCAUCUGUGUUAAGCGGUACCAGCGAGACCCUCAGAAUAUGCGACAGCUGGAUGUUAAAUACGGGGGCUUGAUCAACAUGAUCAGCGGCCUUGGUGUCAAGCAUCAGGCCUUUUUGCCCAACCGUCAGGCGAACGGGGGUGGCGACGAGCAGACCUCGCACUCUGCGUCCAGCGAACGGGUUGAGAAAUGGGCCGAAGAUGUGGACCUGACCACCCCCGGCCCGCAGAACGACGACGACAAACGUCAGAGUCACUUUGACCGUCCCCUUCGCGAAGUCCGGGUCGGCGAGUCCCCAAGCCGGCCUUGGGGGAUUCCUGUUCCCGUCGCCCACCAACCUAGUAUUCCCGCGCCGUUCUCUGGUUCGGCCUCUGUUCCAAUUUCCCCUGAUACUCAACCACCCAUCUCCCCGGAUCCAUCACCGCCGGUGGCACCCGAGCCAAAACCAGCGGGUCGCUGCCCUUUCGGUCACGAUGCUCCUCAGCCAAACCCCGAUGCCGCUAAAAUCGACCCGCCUUGGGCUAAUUGGGGUGCUGGACAGGCUGACCCCGGUGACCAGGGAGAUGCCGGGGCAAAGAGCAAGAGCGAGGGUCCGACCACCACCAAACCCGACUUGCCGUCGACGCCGGCCCAUGUCACUUUCAAUGGACCGGUGUUCUUUGGCUACUCCGCCGAGCAGACCGCCAGCUUGAUGCAGCAGCUGGGUGGCCUGGGUCAACCAUGA